AGUCUAUAUAUAGUCCCUAUAAUUCAUUUCUUUCCAGUCAUUGCGAUCUAAAACGACGCCGAAAAAUACAACAAGAUAAGUCGAAGUCUUGGAAGCUUAAGAUGACCACGCAGCCAACCUACAACCUAAGAGGAAGCAAAGACCCUCCCCGCUCACACCCCCGUCCAUACAUGCGUCCCUACCAAGCAAGCAACCAACCAACCAACCAACCCCUCCGCUCGCCCCACCUUCCCCACUCCAACCCAACCCCGCACUCCCAGCUACUGAUCAACAAACAAACAAGCAAGCAACCCGACGCGAGCGGCGAGCGGCAAGCGGCGAGCCUCUCCCGCAGCAGCAAGGGCAGUAGCUGCAGCAGCUUGACUGUAUGUAUGGCGUAUGUACAAUGACCUCACUCCACGCCCACGCCUCGCGCUCCUCACUUCGCACUGCGUGCUUCGCACCCCUCACUCCCCACCACCACCACCACCACCACUGCCGCCGCCGCCGCCUCCGCCAAUGGGCUACUGCUGCUGCCACGUUACCUGCCUGUAGUGCGAGCACCACACCACACCACACUACAUGCUUCACCUGACUACAGCACACUACACCUGACUACGCACUCACACACCCACCCAGCCGAUCACGCACGCACGCACGCACGCACGCACGCACGAAGCAAAACGCCACGCAGCCAGCCCACCGGGAGCGUCAGUCAGAGUCAAGAAACCCGAGCGAGUGGCGCGAAAUACUACGUACGUGUGUAGUGCAUAACUGGCUCGGAGCAUUAGUUGAUUACAGUAGGUAACUAUGUAGUAGCUAGGUAGUAAGUAGGCAGUAGGCAGUAAAGUAUGACUGACCGACCCCGCUCGCCCUCCUCCUCACUUCGCGUCACCUCCUCCACCUCG